GAUGAUGGCGAGCCAGGCUUGCGAGCGAGGCGGAUGAAUACCGACGCGACCUGGAUGAGUGCCUCGACUUGGAUAAAAAUCAGGCGAAGCCGGUUUAUAUGAUUUACAAAAGGCAAUAUAUCCUCCGCCAAAAUGCGAUGACCAAAGCCGAGGAGCGUCGUCCAGGAAUCUUUCGUCUCCGCGGAUAUAAAAGGCGGCAUCUCUCGGACGAGUGAGCAAGGGAGGGGCAGGCUCUUGGGUCAAUCGAUUUUUUCUCUUUCACUCCCAAAUUUUUUCUCCCUUUUAUUUUCGACACUAUUCACAGAUAUACUGCUUGAAGGACGUCAAAGGAGCCCAAAGGUUUUCAUCGCACUCUUUAUUUUAUUCGUGUUCUUGACAAAUGUCGAACGUUUACAAUCACCGGCAGAUGGUCCCAUCUGCGCCGCUGUCGUCGCGGGUGGCAGACCUGCUAGAGGCCCUACGGAACGAGUAUGACACGCUGACACAGGACGCCUCAGCGAUGAAGAUUUACAAGGAUGACUACGAGCAGCGUCUCAACAGCCAAAUCGCCGAAAUGACGCUGUUCCAGAACUCGCUUGCGGAGCUGGAGCAGCGGCACCUUGGGAUGCGGAAGCAGUACGAGGACGAAAUUAACCGGCUGCGACGUGAGAUCCACAACCUGGGGGGACCGCCGGUGGUGUCGGCACCGUUCAUUGCGCAGCCGCAGCAGCAGGCGAUGCUGGCGCCGGGGCAGGCGAUGGCGAUGAGCCAGGCGGGGCACAGCGGUGGAAUGCCACCGGGCUCGCAGCCACACGUGUCGCAGGGCCCGGGCAUGUACGGGAUGCCGGCGGCGUCUGGGCCGCACAGCGGACCGAACGGGGCAGCCAUGACACCUGGACAGCCGCCGAUGGGCGGUGAUGGGCACCCGGGAGCGCCGUAUGCCAUGGGGCCGUACGGACCGGGCGGUAACGUGCCGAUGGGCGGUCACGGGCAGCCGCCGACGCCGCAGCAGCAGGCAGCGGGCGUGCAGAAGGACCGCAAGCCGAAUGUGAUGGCGCAGCAGCAGCCGCAGGCGAUGUCGAGCCGUCAGACGCCGACGCAGCCGGUACGCAGCGUGGGCCCGGCCGGGGCAAAGCCGGCGGGGCAGCCGGCGCCGGUGACACCUCAGCAACAGCAGCUGCAGCAACAGCAACAGCAGCAACAGCAAGGCAUGGUGGGCAACAGCCAGCUAGCGGACAUGGACCCUGACUCGCGCGAGGGCCCCGACUGGUUUGUGAUCUACAACGCCAAGAUGCCGCGGCUGCUGAACAUCGAGAACAUGUUCACACUGGAGCACAACAGCGUGGUGUGCUGUGUCAAGUUCAGCAACGACGGCAAGCUGCUGGCCACCGGCUGCAACCGCACCACGCAGAUCUGGAACAUGGCCACCGGCAACAAGGAGGCUAACGGUGACCUGUACAUCCGCGCUGUGUGCUUCAGCCCCGACGGAAAGUUCCUAGUGACAGGCGCUGAGGACAAGCAGAUCCGCAUCUGGGACAUCGCCACCAAGAAAAUCCGCCACAUCCUGGCUGGCCACGAGCAGGACAUCUACUCGCUGGACUUCUCGCCCGACGGCCGCACCAUUCUGUCGGGCUCGGGCGACCGCACUGUGCGCCUGUGGGAUCUGGAGACCGGCAAGAACAUCCACACCUUCACCAUCGACGAUAUGGGGCCCAAGGAUGCCGGUGUGACCAGCGUGGCCUUCUCGCCCAAUGGCCAGCUGGUUGCUGCUGCGUCGCUGGACAAGAUGAUCCGCCUGUGGGACGCCCCGUCGGGACAGUUCCUUGAGCGCAUCGACGGCCACAAGGACUCGGUCUACGCCGUGGCGUUCUCGCCCGACGGCCAGUCGCUGCUGUCGGGGUCGCUGGACAAGACGCUGCGCAUCUGGGACCUGGCACGUCCGGGCUCCAGCGGCCGCCCGUCGGGCCCGUCGACCUGCCGGUCCACGCUGACCGGCCACAAGGACUUUGUGCUGUCGGUGGCAUACUCGCCCGACGGCAACUGGAUUGUGUCGGGCAGCAAGGACCGCGGUGUGCAGUUCUGGGACCCGCGCACGUCGCAGACCCAGUGCAUGCUGCAGGGCCACAAGAACUCGGUCAUCUCUGUUGCCCUGUCGCCCACCCAGCACAUGUUUGCCACCGGCUCUGGCGACUUCCGCGCGCGCGUGUGGUCCUACGAGAGCGCGUCGGGUGCGAUGCAGCAGGCCAUUUAA